AAACAUUUGAUUUAAUAUGGUACUUCUGUCUUUGUACACUUUAUGUUUCAUCUAGUGUAGGUUUUACCUUAUUCAUUAUCUCUCUCCAAUUAAUCUAAAUAUUUAUCAUCUUUUUCUUUUCCAUCAGAAUUCACAUCCAUAUUGUUGUUUCUAUAUUCAGGAUUUUCAUAGGCAUCCAUGGCUCUACAACAAUUAGAUCAAGAGGUUCCAUUGCAAGAACAAGAAGCUACAUUUUCUCAACCAAGCAAGCAAACCUCAAUACUCUCACUUACCCUAGAUGAGUUCCAAUGCAAGAGUGGAAAGAGCUUUAGUUCCCUCAACAUGGAUGAAUUCCUUGCCAGCAUUUGGAGUUCCAAUGAUGAAGCUACCACUCAUACUCAUAAUACUAAAAAUGUUGUAACAACACAACACACCAUUUCCCAACAAUUUGGUAAUUCAUUCUCUGUCCCUCCUCCAAUUUGCAAAAAAACUGUGGAUGAAGUUUGGUCUGAGAUUCAUAAAAACCAACAACAGUUCAAAGAAACAAAUAACCUUAAAAGAAGUGAGACACUCAAAAAGCAACAAACACUUGGAGAAAUGAGUUUGGAGGAUUUCUUAGUAAAAGCUGGUGUAGUACAACAAUCAUCAGCAUUGCCAUUUAAGAAUCAUAAUGGCAAUGUUUCAAGUAAUAUGAGACCAUUGAAUAUUGCAAGUUGUUAUGGUUUGAGGCCGUCAAUGGGAAUGGGAUUUUCUACUCAAUGUGUUUCUAGAAAUGGUCUUGCAACAUACCAAAUGUUGUCACACAAUAACAACUUAGGAGUGAAGGAUUUUGCUGUGGAGAAAUGUCAAAGCUUGACUGAAUCAAGUGGGUGUAGUAAUAGGAAGAGGAUAGUUGAGGGUCCUCCUGAAGUUGUAGUGGAGCGAAGGCAACGUAGAAUGUUGAAAAAUCGUGAAUCGGCUGCUCGUUCUCGAGCAAGAAGACAGGCAUAUACGGUAGAGCUAGAAGCAGAGCUGAAUCUGCUAAAAGAAGAGAAUGAAAAGCUAAAACAAGUUCUGGCUGAAGCUGAGAGCAAGAGGAAACAAGAGCUUUUGCAACGAAAACAUUCAACAAAGGCUCAAAAGGGCGCAGAAAAAUUAAGAGCUAUGAGAAGGCCUAUAAGCACAACCUGGUGAAUAAGCCUCAAUGACAAGAAUUGAGAAUUUGAGUAUAAAUGUGAAGUAAAUAAAGUGUUUGUACUCAGAAAUUUUGCUUUUGUUGUACAUUUAGAUAUAUGGACAGUUGAAAAAAUACAGACAUGUGAAUUCUGCUAUUAUUCUA